UUCACAUUUCACCAAUCCCCAUGUCCAUAUCACCCUCCGAAUUGCACUUUCUUCAACUGUCAGAUAACUGUUAAACCUCCCGGAUAAAAAGGCAGCCUCCUCUAUCAGUCGGAACUUCUCCCCCAUUUUUCCAAAGUCAUCUGAUGUUUGAAUACCAUCCCUACAAGCAAGGAGAAGCCUCAAAGUCGAAACGUACAGAAUCGCCUUGCACGAAUGAUUCGGGCACAGGCUCCGUCAAAUCAACACAGACCGCCAAAGCUUCAAAGCGAAUCAGGGGUGAGAUUGCAUGUGCAGAAUGCCGUAGAUUGAAGAUUAAAUGUGACCGCCUCGUACCUUGCUCGACUUGCGUUAAGCGCGGUUGCCAAACCCUAUGUCCCACUGGCACGAUUCCUCCAGGACAAGGCAGUCGAUUUGUCCUGGCUGCUACCGAUCACCUUCAUCGCAAAUUGGCAAAGUUUGAAGCACGUAUGCACUCGCUUGAAGAUGCGUUGACCAUAGCGCACACGACUUACAACCUCGAACCACAUCCCCUACUAUCAGAUCGGGAAGAUAUCUACACAGAUACUCAAGAGCUGAAGCCCAUGCCAGAGGCUAGCGAAGAUGAAGCUGACUUGACUCCAUACAUUUCGGGCUCCUUACACGUCAAUGGGAGUGGCUUAAGUCGUUUCUUUGGUCCAUCUGGUGCGCCCGAGAGCCUCUUGCUUGACAUUUCACCCCAAGAAGAACGAUUGAAGUCUAUCUCGAUUCCACGCCUGCCGGAAUUGGACAACUCUUACCUUCCACCUGAAAUCAUCAACUUCACGCGCUCUUUUCCUUUGACUCCACCUAACAUUCCCAUAGCUUCUACGCAGAGAUCGAUUCAUUCCUUUCUUCCGCCAAUUGAACGAGCAAUUGCUUUAUGCGACACGUUCUUGGAAAACCUUUCGUGGAUGUUUCACAUAGUUUCCCGCCAGCUACUGGUAUCUGAGCUGAUACCCGCAAUUUAUCAAGGGACGUCGCUUUACGGCCCUCACGAACUCGCUUUAUUGUAUAUUGUUCUUGCCAUCGGCGUUCUUGUUGACCUGAGCAUAGAACCUCUUAAUCUCGAAUCGCAACAUUUCUACCAUUUAGCCCGAGCUGCGUUGGUUUUGCAGCCUGUGUUAACGGAGUCCUCCGUUACGACCAUCAAGGUAUUGCACAUGAUGAGUAUACACAACGGCCUUAGUAGCCAAGAAAACUUAGAGCAAUCAUAUGCUCUUAUCAACCUUGCUGGUCAGAUUGCCACUCAGAUUGGGUUUCAUAUUGACCCAUCAACUUGGAAAUUUCAAGGACGUGAAGCUUAUGACAGACGCGUUUAUUGGUGGAAUUUACUUGCUGGCAUCUUGUGGAAUUCUUUAGUAACAGGUCGACCAUCAGGAAUAUUUGCUGAAUUCAUCACCUGUAAAAUACCCACUGUCGAAGAAGAGAACAUGUAUCAGCGGGGCGAAUUUCCUUUAGGAUUUGGUGUCUGGGGUUUUCACACUACUUAUACUUGUCUUCUUCCCUUGGUCCACAUAACAUUAUCCACGAAACCGUCGUAUGAGAAGGUGCUGGAAUUAGAUGCCAAAAUUCGCACGUUGGUCAAUCCGAAACCAGAUAGUGAUCCUUCGGAUGACCGCACUGCUAUUUCGAUGAGGACCUUCGUACGAUCUCAUUAUUCACAUCUCAUGCUUUUGUAUCUUCAUCGACCAUCUUUCUCGCUGGCAAUGACCGAGCAUACCGCCAAUCCUCUGAUGAGUCCAUAUGGGAAGUCAGUGCUCACCGCUUAUCAUGCUGCCUGCGCGGUGUUGGAUGAUACACGAAUACAAUAUCAGAAGAAGCCGCUCUUGGUUUGUAGAGUAUGGCAAAUAUGGUCGUUUGCAUUCUCCGCUGCAGUCAUUGUGGGUACCGUCGCUACUAAUCCAAAUUGCCUCGACGUGAAGCCACAUCCUCUGGAACAAUUCGAAUCGGCAUGCGAAGUUUUCCGCGGGGCGGCCGAAGUUAGUAGUCGAGCCGCUCAAGCUCUGCUUGUCCUGAAUGCUUUGUUGCAAAAAGCGAUUGAGGUCCAGAAAAACCAUCAUAACCAUAACCCAACCGAAUUCCACUCUGAACAACCUUAUUCGCCACCGUUUGCAGAUAGACAUCGGAAUCAACAUAUACCUGACGCAUCUUCGUCUGCGCCUCAUGCAUAUUUAGUAUCGAAACCUCUCCUUAAAUCAGAAAACGACAAUCUUUUUCCCUCCAACUCAGAUCGACGGCUAUCUUUGCCUGCCUCGUCACCACUUUCACAUCCUCCCGACCUAACAAAUAGUUGGUGUCAUCCAUCUAACAGCCACGUACACCAAAAGGGCACAACGCACAAUAUUACUCAUGCUCCUCAUGAAAACGGUGCUAUGAUCUACGAUAGAUGGACGUCUCUCAUGAACUUCAAUGUUCUUGACAGUAGACAUAUACAAUCAUCGCCAAAUGAAACAUCGCAGUUUCCGCACUAAUAUGCAGACAUUAUAUUUCGCACCAGUGGCGCAGAAUAUUCAGGUGGUGUGUAUUACUAAAUCUACUAAUAUAUGUAUAUGCUUGAGACUGUAGACCCUUCAUAAUUUUUGUGGAAGAUCCAGGAUGACCAUAUAGAGAUGUUGAGAGAUGACCUCAGU